AUGGAUUCUAGAUAAUCAAAAGUAAUAGAGAAGAUUGAAAAAGCUGGCUUACUCGAGAAGCAUAACCAGCUAAUUACUUAAGGUUGCACUAAUCCCUGGUUCAAUUAUAAACUUUUGAAAGAGUAUGAUGGAAAUCUUGAUUAAGUUAUUGUAGUUUACAAUUAACAUAAAAAGAAUUAAGAUGAAUAGAGUGCUAAAGCAUUAAAAAUCAUAGAAACUAUGGGUUGGUUAAAUAAAAAUUAGGAACUUAUGGAAAAAGGGUUCAAUAAAAUUAAACAAAAUUUAAAAGCAUUACUCAGAACUGAAGGAGAUGUUGCUAAAAGCAUUGAAAAAUUAAGUAAUAAGAAAGAUCUAAAGACCGAUUAACCAAUAGAGUAAAUUAUAGAAUAACAUGGAUUCAAAGUUUAAUAUGAAAAAUUGAAAGAAAUGGGAUAUGAUAAUGAAAAGAGAAUUGUUAGAUUGUUAUUAAAAUUCAAUGGAAAUUUGGAGUAAAUUAUUGAUAAAUUAUUGAAUGGAAAAUAAGGAAAACAUAGAUAAUGUAUGAAAAGAGAAGGAAAAUGUUAAAAAGAUAAAACAUCUUAAGAAUUCUAAGAAUUUAAAUAGAAAAAGAUAGAAUUCAAAAAGAAGCUUCAUCAGCUUGAGCAAAAUGGAAUUCAUCGCCAUAAGGCAGUGAAACUUUUGGCCAUUUUGAAUGGAGACACUGAUGCUGUCAUCAAAUGGGUCAAUUAUGUUAAACCAUAAGCCAAAGCUGAAACAGAAACUUAAUAAGAACAAUAAGUUCUUACUUAAGAAUGAGUUUGAAAAAACUCAGAAAGUUAGGGAGGGAGGGUUGGAUAUAUGAUAUAUAUAUAUACAUAUAAAAAU